AUGGAGAGCUCCCCAACCGACUCCGCCAUGAAGAUGGAGGACAAGGGCCCAGCCCAGGAGAACUGGGAUCUGGAGGUGUCCCAGACCGUGAAGAAGCAAACUUCAAAGGUCCUCAACAUCAUCAUCUCCGGCCUUGCCCUGUUCAGUGAUGGAUACAAUGCUCAAAUCGUUGGGUACAUGGAUCUCAUCUUUACCAAGCUUUACAAGGAUAGCUUUACCACGACUAUCAAGUCUCGUCUUACUAACUCCUACCUGAUUGGUGAAAUCUUUGGCAUGCUCCUUUUUGGUGCUUUGAUUGACCGCAUGGGUCGUCGCACUGGCGUGAUUCUUGCCACUAUCCUCCUGGUUCUUGGUGUUGUCCUUGCAACCGCUGCCCAUGGUACCUCUGAUUUAGGCAUGUUUUGGAUGAUGAUCAUUGCGCGUGGCGUGGCUGGUGUUGGCGCAGGUGGAGAAUAUCCUGUCUGUGGAACCAGUACUACCGAAGCCGCCGAUGAGAGUCAUCGCCUGCGCAAACGGCGUGGACUCCUGGUCGGAAUGACCACGGACUUUGCUGUCGACUUUGGAAUCGUCUCGUCCGGCGUGGUUGCUGUCAUUGUUCUCGCAUGCUACGGCAAAGAAGAAACUAAGGGUGUUUGGCGCAUCUGCUUUGGCCUGGGUUUUGUGCUCCCCCUUGUGAUCUGCUUCUUCCGAGUUCGCAUGAUCAACUCCACUCAGUGGCGGAAGCACUCAAUCAAGUCUCGCUACCCGUACCUUCUGGUGCUCAAGCGCUAUUGGAAGCCAAUGGUCGGCACCUCCCUGGCUUGGUUCUGCUAUGAUUUCGUGACUUACCCAUUCGGCCUUUUCUCCUCGACCAUAGUUCAGGAUUUGAUGACCGAAAACACCAUUUUCCAGAGCAUUGGAUUCGGGGCUGCUAUCAAUCUCUUUCUUCUCCCCGGUUGUAUUAUCGGUGCUUACCUGAUGGAUAAAAUCGGCCAGAUGGGUCCCGGUGUCGCUACUUUCCUGUGUGCUGCAGAGUCCUUCCCAACCCCUCUGCGUGGUCAUUUUCUCGGACUCGCAGCUGCUUUUGGCAAGGCGGGUGGAUCGAUUGGCACUCAGGUCUUCACCCCAAUUCAAAACUCCUUUUCCACCACACUUGAGGGCCAACGGGCUGUCUUUCUGAUCGGCUCGGGGUUCGCCAUGCUGGGUGGUAGCGCUGCCUGGUUUCUAAUUCCAGAUAUGAGUCGUGAGCUUGAGACUGAAGACGCUCGCUUCAAGGCUUACCUGGUGGAGAAUGGGUAUGACAUCACGAACUAUGGCGAGGAAGCUCUUGUUGUUGCUCCUCGAGAGUAA